AAACAGUCCAGCCACUCCAGUGUUUUUAAUUCUGUUUCCAUGAGUAGACCCACUUGAAGAUAUUGAGACUACAGGCAAAAAGCUGGGGUUCACUAUAGGCUCUGGAAGAUUUUGUAACAUCUCCCUAGGACAAGGGCAGGAGAUGGUUGCAGAGAAGGCACUGGAGAAGGCUGGCAGACAUGGCCAUUGGACUCUUCUCCAAAAUAUUCAUCUAGCAGCCAAGUGGCUAGGAGCCUCGGAAGAACUCCUUGAGGGAUACAGUGAAGAGAGUCAUCCUGAUUUCCACAUCUUCAUUAGCACUGCUCUAGCUCCAACCCCAGAAAAGCACAUCAUUCCUCAAGGAAUACUAGAAAACUUGAUUAAAAUUACCAGUGAAGAUCCUGCAGGGCUGCUGGCUAAUUUACAUGCUGCUCCCUACAGUUUUGACCAGGAUAUCCUUGAAGGAUGUAGCAAAGAAAGGGAAUUUGUAAACAUCCUUUUUUCCCCAUGCUAUUUUCACACUUGCAUUGCUGGGAGACUGAAGUUUGGCCCUUAAGGCUGGAAUAGAAGGAACCCAUUCAGUACUAGAGAUCUCACCAUCUGCAUCGCUGUCCUCUGCAACCAGCUAGAGACCCAUACCAAGGUUCCACGGGAUGAGUUGUGGUACCUCUUUGGUGAGAUCAUGCAUGGUAGUCACGUCACCAAGGCCUAG